AUGACGAACGACCAUCAACCAAAUACAAAUCCGACCGUGAACCAACCAGGUAUGUUGGACGAUUCUUAUUGGAGCCAAUUUACAUCUGAUUUUGGUGAUUACGAAUUGGGUCCUCCUAUCGGCUUUGGGGCAUCCUCCACUGUAUACGAAGCCAUCUUUACUCCUCCCUCUGCGCAUGCGACUGAGAUGAAAGCGUCUUCGCCUUUAUUGAGUAGUGAUUCAAGAUCAAACAGAAAGCCCAAUCUUUUAAUAACAUUACCGAACACAUCGAACGAGUUUCUGAAAGAGGUCAUUUGCGCUAUCAAAGUGUCAACAUCACAUCCUGAUGUCGAAUCUCUGAGUAGAGAAAUUAGGUUGUUGAGUUUGUGUAAGCAUCCUAAUGUAUUGAGGAUACUAUCAACAUUCACCCUGCCACCAGACCAUGUUCGAAUAUGUUUGAUCACACCUAAUGAUCCCCGGAGGUUCAUUGGCAGGUUAGGUAAUCGACGUCGCGAUGAGGAAGAUGACGCAGAUGUUGACGAAGCAGACAAAGGUAGACUGGAAGAAGAGGAGAUUAAAGCCGUUACAAAGCAAGUUCUUGAAGGAUUGGGAUAUCUACAUCAGAAUGGAUUUUUACACAGAGAUCUAAAAGCUGGAAAUUUGUUGAUAGACGAAGAUGGUACUAUUCUUUUGGCUGACUUUGGCGUUGGCGGUGACCUCAAUGUACCACCCUCGCCUAUCCGAUCGCGUGAAAAACGUUUGGCAGUCAAUGAGUUAAGAUUUGAGAAGAAAGGUUCAGAUGGAUUUGGACCAGGUUCGAAUGUUAACACGAAGUUCAUUGGUGGAGAAGAUUUGAGAAAGAAGAAAAGUUUCGUUGGCACUCCAAACUGGAUGGCACCUGAAGUCAUCAUAGGACAAAGAUAUGAUCAGAAAGCUGAUAUCUGGAGCUUGGGAAUGACACUCCUCGAAUUAGCUCAUGGGUCUGUACCAGGGGCUAAAUACAAAGCCAACAAGGUCCUGUCCCACACUGUCUCUGACCCACCGCCCACUUUGGAUAGAUCAAUCGGUGGCUACAGUAGAUUAAUGAAGGAUUUCAUUGAUUCAUGCUUGAAUAAAGAUUCCAGAGCUAGGCCCUCUGCCAAAGAUUUGUCGGACCAUACCUGGUUGAAGGGUGCAAAGAAGAAGUCAUUCCUGGCUCAAUCGUUAUUAUCCGAUAUCCCUCCACUUGUGCAGAGGCAGGAGUUACGUCGAGUACCUACGAAAUCUUCGUUGAUAUCCCAUACUUCUUCGUGGGAUUUUUCGACUCCCAACCCUUCUAUGCCUUCUUCACCUAUGCGGACAUCGCUUUUGAUACCUUCGGCGAGAUCGCCAUCGAUUUCAUCUCAUUUAGAGUAUUUCAAUUCAAUCGGUAGAUCCCAUUCACGCAAUUCAUCAUUCUCCCUAAAUCCAAGUAAUAGUAUGAUUGGAUUGCCGUCAAGUCCUAGAAUAUCACUCAAACAAUGGGCAGAAGAAAGUAAUCCGACUCUAGGUCUGAGAAGUGGAAGUGAAAGAGGUAAAAGCAGAUCUUCGUCAACAACAGGUAUGAAUAGAUUGAAAAUCGGUAAAAGUGCCAGUUUCGAUAUCAUCCAAUCGAGUCAAGCACAGUCACAAAAAUCUACUCUUAAAAGCACAGAUGACAUAAUCAGGACCCCGAAGAAGAUCGCGACGUCGAACAAUACAGGAGAUGAUACUGAGGCUGAACCUCAUGCUCCGCUUAAAUCAGCUACCCUAGGAUCUAUGAGCCCGCUCGUCGAGGGUCAACUGAGUCACCCAUCGCCUGAGAUGGACAACCUGAAUAGUCUGGGUAUUUUGAGUCAUAAACUGCACGAGAAAGAAGAACCACAAGGACUGUCCGAAAGCCCUGAAGAUAUAAUCGACCUGAAUCGGCAAUCGAAGACUUCAUAUGGUGUGCUAAGGGGAAGUGCUUCCACUGAAAUCGAUCAAAAAUCAGAAACAGACAGUAUCAGAAAUUCCGUGCCCUCAGAGAAUUGCGCAGUGCAGAACGAUGAUGUAUCACAUCGAGCAGAUAACGCCAUAUUGACAGGAAACGAUAAAUUCACCCAGCAUGUGAUAACUAGCAAUACAGCCUCGAAAUCACACUCGCCUCUCGCAAGUAAAGUCCCCGCAUUGAAUAGUCAAUCUACCAGAAAUGACAGAUUCAUUUCAAGGAUGUCUUCUCGUAAUGAUACUCAGAAUGCGGAAAAAGAAAAAGACAAGAAGAAUUGGUUGAGUCGAAGAGGAAGUACAAGACAAGAUCAAUUGAAAUCCGUUAUGUCGAUCAAUGCAAAAGAAGGAGAGAAGGAAGUAGGAGGACAUGCGAUGGGCAAAACGGGUAGCUGGACAGGUGUACUAGGUAAAGUCGCCGGAAAAAUACAAAAAUUGCAACAAUAUAGAAUAACAAAUACUGUAGAUAAUGGAAGUGACGAAUAA